AUGACUUAUGAAGCGCGUAAUCUUCUCAACUCGUCUGAAGAUUUUAAUAUUGAUUACAGUGAUGUUAAAUUGAAUUUAAAAUUGCUUAAUAAAUAUUUUGAAGUCAAUACGCUCGAUGAAAUACUGGUACGUCGUCGAAAUGAAUUCAAAAUACGUGCUGAACAUUUACAACAACGUAAAGAAGCUUUGCAUGAAAGAGAAAUAAUGUUUAAAGAAAGAAUAAUCAGUUAUGAAAUGUAUAUACGAGAAUUAGCAAUGAAACGUGAUCGAUCGUUGAGACGAAUUGAUGAUGAAAAACGUUUUAUUGAAAAUAAAAAAAUCGAAAUCGAAUCCCUUAAUCAAGAAAUUCAACAAAUACAAGAAGAAAAUAAAAAAUUAGAAAAUAUUAUUCUUCAGUAUCAACCUCAUUUAAAUCUUCUGACACAAAUCGUUGAUCGAACGGAUCGUUUUCAAUCGAUUGAUGAAAUCAUUGAAAAAUUUAAUAUGCUUCAUGCAAGUUAUCAAGAUAUUCUUAUGACUAUUAAAAAUUCUAAUCAAGAGUUGAAUGACGUACAACGACAAUUAUUAUUAACUACUGAAAAGAAAAAUACUAGAAUAUCUUCAAUGAAUAAUCAUAUAAGAGAAUUACAACAGGAUCUUACUGAAAUUCAACAACGUAUUGAUAAAAUUCAAACUGAAAUUCAUAAUUACCAACAAAUAUCCAUAGAACACUUUACAGAAAUUGGUAUCAUAAACAUUGCGAUUGAAUCAAUGUUUGAUAUAGUUAAAAGAUAUAGUCAUCGUUGUAGAAAAAAAGAUUUAAAUAUUGAUAAAUAUUCACCAAUGAGUAAUAAUAAUCAAAAUCUAUUCUUGAAAUUCAAACAAAUUGAUACAUUUCUUAGUGAUCUAAUAUACUAUGUGGAUUAUGUUAAUAGUAAACAGAAUAAUACUGUAGUAAAUAGAGAUUCCAUUGAUAAUGAUAAUAUAAAACUGAAACAAAAAAUUAGUUUAAAUCAAGUCAGAGAAAGUAUACAUGACAACAAUCAAUGGCGUGGCCCAUGUGAAAUUGAUCGGCGUGAAACACUGGCAAAGCCAAUUGAAAAAAAUUCACCACAAUCUUAUAUUUCCUUUCAAAUUCGAGGCGAAGAUAACAUACUAUAUACAGUUCAAAUGGCUCGUGUGUCUCAACCACGCAAUAGUUUGUUACCAGAUCGAUCAUCAAUAUCUAUUAGUAGUAAAGAAAAGAAAAGUAGCGUUUUUCGAACAUCUGCAUCGAAGUUACAUGGAAGUACUGAUAUACAAUUGCACUCGUUAACAAAACAAAAUACACGAAAUAGUUUCAAAUUAAUGAAUCAACAGUAUCAUGAUGACAAACAACUGCCUUUUCAGCCUGAAUUAGACUUGAUUCGUUGA